GUCACACACUGAAGUCUUGCAGACUUUGGAUGCUUGAGUUUAUUGCAGUGAAGUGUAAGGAUGCCAUAAGAUGAAACAUCUCACAUAUAACCAGAAUUCUGUGCACAAUCCUGCAUUUCUUGCCUCCUGCCCCUCAGCUCAGAGGCGCUUGCACCCACCUCUUCUGCACCCCCUGGUGACACAGCUGAGGAACAACAAGGCACCCCACGAAGCCAUCUAAUAUGAUUUACCCGGGAAGUAUUGGUGAUGGUUGGACUAGAUGAUCUUCUAGGUCUUUUCCAACCUUGAUAAUUCUGUGAUUCUGUGAUCUCAUUCCAUGCCCAGCUCCAAGAUGGCGGCCCCACUCUUUCUCUCCCUUCCUCGCGCACGCUCACCCGCCCCCGCCGCGGGGCGCGGGCCGCUGACGCCACUUCCUCUUGUGCAGCAGCCAUUUUGUCUUUCCGUUGCUGCUGCUGCCCGAGCUUCUCCCUCCCUCCCGCCGCCGCUGGCCGCGAAACUCCAGUUCCCCCUCAGGCCCGGCUCCCGCUGCCCGUCCGUUCCCCUCCCCCUCACUGCUCCCGGCGGCGCCCGGCGCCCACCCCGCCCCGCUCGGAUCCCCGCCGUCCCCCGGCCCCCCUCUCCCGGGGCCCACCGCACACAGCCGGCCCCGGGAGCGGGAGCCCGGCCCCGCGCGUCCUCGUCUCGCCAUGUCCAGCGAGGAGAGCUACCUGGCCAUCCUCCGCUACCUCACCAACGAGCGGGAGCCUUACGCGCCCGGCACGGAGGGCAACGCCAAGCGAAAGAUCCGCAAAGCGGCCGCCUGCUACGUGGUGCGGGGUGGGACCCUGUACUACCAGCGGCGGCAGAGGGACCAGCAGCGCUUCGCCGAGCUCGAGGUGGUGCUGCAGGCCGAGCGCCGCGCCCGCCUCAUCCGCGCCGCCCACCUGGCGCCCGACGGAGCGCACCGCACCCGGCUGCAGACAUGGCAGGGGCUGUCGCAGAAGUACUGGUGGCGAGGUAUUCUUAAGCAGGUUAAAGAUUACAUUAAAGAAUGCAGCAAGUGCCAGGAAAAGCUGGAUCGUUCUAGAUCUCUGUCAGAUCCUUCAGAAAUGCUUGAGGAGCUUGGACUGGAUGUAAAAUCUCACGAAGACAGUAAUGAAACAGAUGAUGAAGUGAGUAACGCGGCGUCAAUCCCAGCUGCAUCCCCAAAGCCUGCAAAGAAGAAGCCAAUAGCAAAGCAUGAGCUUGUAUUUGUUGAUAGUAAGGGCCUUGUGAAGCAGUCGUCUUCCAAACACUGUCUGUCAGUCUUAAACCAGCUGAAUCAGCAGAGGCUUUCCAAUCAGUUCUGUGAUGUGACUCUGCUGAUUGAAGGAGAGGAGUACAAAGCUCACAAAUCCGUCUUGGCAGCCAACAGCGAGUACUUCCGAGAGCUCUUCAUUGAGAAGGGAGCUGUCACUAGUCAUGAAGCUGUAGUGGAUCUGUCAGGGUUUUGCAAGUCAAGUUUCCUUCCGCUAUUGGAAUUUGCUUAUACUUCAGAAUUAACUUUUGACUUCUGUAGUAUGGCAGAACUGGCCAUGCUUGCCCGGCAUCUCCUCAUGUCAGAGGUUCUUGAAAUCUGUGAGAACGUGCACAAACAGAUGGAAGAGAAACAAAUUACAGUGUACCAAAAGGGAGAUAUUCAAACAGUAGAAUCGACACAAAAUUUAGCAGAGCAAACUACAGCUGAGAUGCCUCCUGUGGACAGUGCUGAGCAGUCUCUGCCAGUAGAGCUGACAGCCGGGGAAGUGACAGCAACUGUGAAUGGAGCUCCUUCCUCUGUUGAGCCAGAGGAGAAAGCAGAACCCCAGCCUGGCGUCCUGCCCCCAGGGCCUGCAGAGGCCUCUCCUCAUGAUCUUUCAAAGCCUGUGGAGCAGUCCGAAGCAAUUGAAAAUGGUGUCAAAAUGCAGCUGGUAGAGAGCAGUUCAAAUAGCCCUAUGUCUGCCAGGCAGCCUGAGUCAUCAGCUGUGGAAGCCAUGGAUACUGAAAGUCCAUUGGAAAAGGAGACAGACGAAAAUGAAAAUUGUAAAGUAAAUGCAGAGACUGUUUCUGAAGACUCCUCAGAUACGCUCAAGGAAAAGCAUGGCAGGCAAAGUAGAGAACAGAGCCUUUCAGCUUCACCAUCGGAAAGCCUGACUUCCAGCCAGGAUGACACUUACAAGAGUAAGCUUCGGCAGCGGUCUGUUAGUGAAGGUGGAUACAUCAGGUUGCACAAAGGAAUCGAGAAGAAACUGCAGAACAGAAAGACAAAUCCUAAGUCUGCAAUACAGCAGGUUGCCAUGAAGCUGGUUCAGAGAGGGAAGAAAAUGAAACAGCCCAAAAGAGAGACCACUGAAAAUAACGAAGUAGAAGCUCAACACAAAUGCACUGAGUGUGGAAUGGUGUUCCAGCGACGCUAUGCACUUAUCAUGCACACACUGAAACAUGAAAGGUCUAAAGACUACAAGUGCCCUUUAUGUAAAAAAGAAUUCCAGUAUGGUGCCUCCCUGCGAGCUCAUCUUGUCCGGCACACGCGCAAGACUGAGGUGAAUGCUGCAGCUGAUGGUGUAGAAGAGACGGGCGCAUCCUCGGUGAAAGGGAGAACUAAACGGGAGUUCAUAUGUGAUAUAUGUGGGAGAACUCUACCUAAGCUCUAUUCUCUCAGGAUACAUAUGCUCAAACAUACUGGCGUAAAACCUCAUGCUUGCAAGGUUUGUGGAAAGACCUUUACGUAUAAGCAUGGAUUAAAAAUGCACUUAGCUCUUCACGAAGUACAGAAACAGUUCAAGUGUGAUUUGUGUGAGAAGUCCUUUGUCACAAAAAGAAGCCUUCAGGAGCAUAUGAGCAUUCACACUGGAGAAUCCAAGUAUCUUUGCACCAUAUGUGGAAAAUCUUUCCACAGGGCUUCGGGACUCAGUAAGCACAUAAAGAAACACCAGCCAAAGCCUGAAGUUCGUGGCUAUCAGUGUACUCAGUGUGAAAAGAGUUUCUAUGAAGCUAGAGAUCUCCGUCAGCACAUGAACAAGCAUUUAGAUGUGAAGCCAUUUCAGUGCCAGUUCUGUGGAAAAUGUUACAGUUGGAAGAAAGAUUGGUAUUCUCAUGUAAAGUCUCACUCUGUCACAGACCCUUAUAGGUGUAAUGUAUGUGGUAAAGAAUUUUAUGAGAAGGCUUUGUACAGAAGACAUGUGAAGAAAGCCACACAUGGGAAAAAAGGAAGAGCAAAACAAAACCUAGAACGAGUUUGCGAGCACUGUGGAAGAAAAUUCACACAGCUCCGGGAAUACAGGAGACACAUGAACAAUCAUCAAGGUGUGAAGCCAUUUGAAUGUCUAACCUGCGGGGUCGCCUGGGCUGACGCACGCUCCCUGAAGCGCCACGUGAGGACGCACACUGGAGAGCGACCGUAUGUCUGCCCGGUUUGCAAUGAAGCUUACAUCGACGCCCGGACGCUAAGAAAGCAUAUGACCAAGUUUCACAGGGACUACGUACCCUGUAAAAUCAUGCUGGAAAAAGAUACUCUUCAGUUUCAUAACCAGGGGACACAGGUGGAGCACGCCAUCAGUAUUUUAGCAGCAGACAUGCAGGAACAAGAAACUGAGAUUAGUGUUGGUGGUGAGGAGAUAGAGACUGUGGUGGUGACUGGAGACACGCUUGAGGCAAUUGAAGCAGUUGCAACUACUGAACAGUGUUCAUCAGUCUCUACUCUUUCUGACCAAAGCAUCAUGCAGGUGGUAAAUUAUGUACUUGCACAGCAGCAAGGACAGAAAAUGGCUGAAGUUACUCAGGCCAUGGAAACUGUAGAAGUGGAAGUAGCCCAAGUUACUGAGACAGAGUGAGCAGAGCCUGAAAGAGAAAGCAAGGGGGCCAAAGCCUUGCCAUGUGGGACAGCCGAGCUUUAGCUGGGUAUCUGAAUCUUACAGUGACACCUGUUCUCUAACAGUUAAUCCCUUAUACUGAAUUUCUUGGCUAUGAAAUACAGCACUGUGUGCUAUGGGGGAAAAAGUAUAAAUGCUUCAGUUUAGGCCAAGGCUUUGAAGGCAAAGAUGUCUGUACUGGUCCAGUUAAAAAACAAAAAAGGCUGGACUACUGAUGUUUCCUGUGUUACAGGGUAAGUAUCAUGCUGUAAAUUGAAGAACAUGUACAAAGAGGCUGCACUAAAACCUAGAAACAUAUAGCAACUUACCGAUAAACUUUUGUUUCAUGUGCAUUUCAUCAUGCUGUGAGCAAAUCACCAGAGUUGGGUCCCAUCUCUUGCCCAAAACGAAGCAAUGAUGAAAGGCUUCAUGCGGCUGUGCUUUGUGAGCGACUUAGAGAAGAUGUGAGGCUUUCGUCUUUUGGCAGAUGUCACAUCUGCAAUCAGUGAAUCCCAGUUUUGCAGAGGUUAUUGAAAUGUCAGGGCGGUGGGCUGCAGGUCCAGGGUUCCACAAAAGAAAGCUAACGGGCAGGGCUGCACUGCUGUCUGAGGUGAGGAAUGUAAGUUCAACCAUUACUCUACAGUAAUCUUUCGUUCUUUAAGUGAGGAGCUUGCACUUCAUCCUCUAUGCACGACUGUGUAUCCAAAGCAGGUGACUUAGUGAUGGAUUUAUUUCUGCAUUGAAUUUAAUACAACUUCCUGUAAGUGAAAGAGAUUAACUGCAUGUUUCUUUGAGAAUGGGUGUAUGUUUGUACUGAAGGAGACCUGCUGCUUAUGAUCUGAUUUGGUGUCUUGCUGAGGGGAGGAACCCCAAUGGUUCCCAAAUGGGGGACACAGCAGUAUCAGGGUAGAGAACUGUGAGUAUCUCAGUAUCAUGUAAUAAAUUGGUCUUAAUGUCUUCUGGAGGCUGGUGAUUUAAUUGCUGCUGCUGUAACAAAUGCUAGGGGAAGCUAAUUACUUAGCGUUAUGCUACGUGGAUUGAAACAUUCUUACUAGGUUUUCAUACUGGAAAAGCUCAACUCACAGCUAUGCUUGGCCCUAGUUGAAAUAUCUGUGAUUUAAUACUAUGUACUGUAUGCAUCUCAAGGUGUGGGUUCUUCCAUUUUUAAGUUCAAACAAGAAAUGCGUCCGGUUGGAGAUAAUGGGAUGUAUGUGAACAGUCAGAACUGUUUGCUUUAAAUUAGUCCCUCUGGCACUGCCCAAUGCUUUCCAACCUGGACAGCAGCAGCGUACCCAAGGAAGCCUGGAACACCGCAGGGUGUGACGUGAAGUUACACGUGUGUAUCUCUGCAAUGCAAAAUCCAUGACAAAGCCAGCACUUCAUAUGAAUUAGUAUUUUUACCUUUCAUUACAUUUAACUACGAGCAUCUGCUUAUGAAGCUACAGCACAGACUGCUCUUUUUCUAUUUUACAAGCAUGCAAAUAAGCAGUUAUAGAUUUUUCUUUUCUUUUUUUCUUAGUCUUUUUUUCUUAAAGUAAUCUAAGGAAGUUCCCACCUUGCAUUUGUGUUAAUCUGUGGAUGAUCAUUUCAGAAGUGAAGGUCAUCCUGCAGAGAAUUAAUGUCAUCAUUUAUAUAUCCUGCAGCGUUCACAAUUGUGGGUUGGUUUUUUUCUGGCUACCCAGUUGAUUAAAACUAAGAGGAAUACUCUGGGGAAAGAAGUACUGCUAGCUUAUAAUGCUUCCAUUUUUGUAAGGUAGAGGAAUCUUGAGAUAGCCAUCCUGCUUUAAAUUACACAGACAUAAGUCAAUUAACAAUUCUUAACGCCAUUAUGAUGGGAAAAGAAUAGACUUGCUAAGUAAUCUUUCAAACUUACUCCAGUGUUUGUAUCUGACAGAUAAUUACGUAUUAAGUGAUGAAAUUUCAAGGAAAUAUAGCUGUAAAUGAUGCUAGAACAUUAUUUGUAUAUUUAGUGCAUUACCUUUCAAAGAAUAUUAUCGGCACCUCGGUUUGAUCUUUUAAUUUUUGAUGCAUUAAUUUAUUUGCCCAAUAUGUGGUAAAAACAGAAAUUUCAGAGCCCAUAGGCCUGCUGUUCAAAACAGAUGAAAAACCACCUGAGAUGUUGUUUCAUAAGCAAAACUCAGCCAGGAAUAUCAAAGCUGAACAUUGGGGACAUCUCUUUCCUAACGUACUGUGCCUUGCCUCUUCAGAACGGCACAAAGUUAACAGGGGGCUGUCGAUGCCUGCUUUGCUGUUCCUGUGUUUGUGCAGCUGCCUUAUGUAUUCCUUCAGAUUCCUUAAGCUCUUAAUUUAAGAUUCUCCCAUCGCCUAUUUGAAGACUGCUAAUAAUGCAGUUGAUAUUAUUUAAGUUGAUUUAUUAUUUUUUUUUAAAUAAAGCUCCUAAGAUGUAUCCAUUUAUAUUCCUAGUAAUAAAUUCCUGUACAUAAUUGGAUCUGUAAACUAUACCGUUUUUAUUUAGUGUUUGAUGUAUAAAGUUAUGGUUUCUGUCAUUAAAUAAAUCCAGUAUUGUCAGAAAUUA